UCACCCAAGAACGUAGCCACGCCUACGAGAUGGUUGACGACUGACGGACGACCUCAACUUGUCAAACAGGAGUUUUUCUUUUCGACGCUGAACUUUUCCCCCAACUGAUUAACCGCCUCGGACAAAGGAAUUGCCGAUUCGAGAACGUGCUGGUCGGCUUGGAGCCUCGUCUGAACACUGCUGCUGAGCUUUCCAACAAGUUUGCUUUGCCGAGACAACUUGUUCGCUUUUGUGCAACAUUCUUCAGUUCAGGUGUGUCCAAUCUCAGCGAGCUCCAACGUGAUUGGCUGGCUGGCUGGCACCUUCAGCGGUCACAAACAAAGGCAGGUUUUGAGUGACACUGUCCGGGAGAGAAAAGUCAGUGGUGUCCUGGUAGACAGCGAGCGGCGGGCGGGCUGGCCGGGCCGGGCCAGGCCGGGCUGGGGUGUGUUCCAUAAGGCUCAACCAUGCGGAGGCGUCUGGACCGGAUCCGGAAUUGGAGCCACAGGCGGGAUGAUUUGAUGGACCAGUCAGAGUCGCCCAACACGUCGGACGUGGAAUGCAGCGAGGAGGUUGUUUCUGGAUCCCUUUCUACAUCUGGAGAUGAAUCCAAAACGGAUCUGAAUGAGGUGAAAGGACACCUGGAGAUCACCUUGUUAGAGAAACAUUUCCUACAGGAGGAGCUGAGGAAACUCCGAGAAGAAGAAACCGGCGUGGAAAUGCUGCAACAAGAGCUGGAGCGAGAACGCUGCAGGAACAUGGAACUUGAAGAAAAGCUCAAUGAUGUCAUCAAUGUCAGACUUGAUGAGCCGUCGUCGUCGUCUAUCACUCCAAAAGCUCCGCCCCCUCGCGACAUCACCCCACCGGGAAAAGAGGACACCUACAGCCGCUUCCAAAGAUUGCUUUUCAACCACUUGGGUGUGGACUUUGAUGACUUCCACGUGCAGCCGCAGGAGGAGGCGCCCGAGCCGGACGAGCCGCUCAGCGCCAGGAGGCUGACGGAAAACAUGAGGCGGGCCAAGAGAGGACUGAGGCCCAUCACCAGCUUCACGCGGGACCUCUCGGCCUUGUCCACCUGGCAUUCCGUUUACACCACGGCCAUCGCCUUCAUUAUCUACAUGUACGCUACAUGGCGGGGCUGGACCAUCUCCAUGUUUCUCUUCCUGGCUGUGCUGCGGCUCUCUUUGAACUACCUCAUUGCCAGGGGCUGGAGGAUCCAGUGGAGCAUCGUUCCGGAAGUCUCGGAGCCUGUGGAGCCUCCCAGAGAAGACUUGACCGUGUCGGAGAAGUUCCAGCUGGUUCUGCACGUGGCCCAGAGAGCUCAGAAUAUCUUUGGCAAGAUGGCCGACAUUCUGGAGAAGAUAAAGAAUCUCUUCAUGUGGGUGGAGCCUGAGUUGACCAAAAAGCUGUAUGUGGCUCUCUGGGUGUCCUUCGUCGCCUCGUGCCUGCUGCCUUACAAGCUGCUUGGAUUCAUCAUUGGUGUUUUCGUGGGCGUCAAGUUCUUCAUCAUCAACUUCAUCUUCAAGAGUUGCCCCAAAUUGCGUGAGCGCUACGACACGGCGCACAUCGUGUGGAGCCGCCUGCCCACCGACGUCCAGAUGCGGGAGCGAGGCGCCCCUGCGUCCGGCAGACGGGUUCCCGCCGGUGGCGACGAUGGCGGCGGCGGCGGAGCCAGUCGCUCCUACAGCACCAAGCGAGGAGCUUUCCACGAGGUCUUCAACCUCCCCGAGAGUGAGCGCCCCCUAGCAGUGUGCGAGAGCGGUUGGCGCUGCUGCCUCAUCAACCGCAACAAGAAGACGCCUGCAGACUACAUCCGCAACGGCGUCCUCUUUGUCACUGACAACUACUUGUGCUUUGAGUGUACCCGCUCGUCUUCAUCCAAGAGGGACAAAGUCAUCAAACUGGUGGACGUCAUGGACAUCCAGAAGUACAAAGUGUUGUCCAUGUUGCCGGGCUUCGGGAUGGGCAUCUCCAUAGCGACGCCGUCCACUCAGAAGCCGAUGGUGUUCGGGGCCAUGAGCAAUCGAGACGAAGUCUUCGACGUCAUCUCAGCCCAGCGCAAGCUCGCCGUGGAGACGGCCGGCGCCGGCGCGCAGAUGUAGGGACGCUUCUUCUUCUUUUUUCUUUCUCUGUGCUGCCAAG